GGUAAGAACAGGAAGAGAGGAAAGAACGAGGCCGACGACGAGAAAAGAGAGCUCGUAUUCAAAGAGGACGGCCAGGAGUACGCGCAGGUCGCUCGUAUGCUGGGUAAUGGCCGCUGUGAGGCCGUGUGCAUCGACGGGCAAAAGCGUCUUUGCCAUAUCCGCGGCAAGAUGCACAAGAAAGUCUGGAUCGCCGCCGGUGACAUCAUCCUCGUCGGUCUUCGUGACUAUCAGGAUGACAAGGCUGAUGUGAUUCUCAAGUAUAUGCCGGACGAGGCGAGGUUGCUAAAAGCAUAUGGAGAGUUGCCUGACAACAUUAGGCUGAGUGAAGGUGUUACCAAUUUGGAAGAAGAUGAAGAGGGUGGUGGUGGUGAAGAUUACAUUGAGUUUGAGGAUGAAGACAUCGACAAGAUCUAAACUUUGCAGUUACAGUUGAUGCCUCUGUUUUUCUUUCACAAUCAUAUUUAUAUUAUUAUGUGAGCGAAUAGAAGAGAGAGACCUUAUUAUGUGUUGUAAUCUUUUGUGCAUUGGUAUAUGUACAAAAUUUAUGCUUGGGCAGACUAACCACAAUAAAAUUUUAUCUUUAUUCAAAAUGUUAUCACUGCGUCUUUGUUUCUAUAUCAUCAAUGGCAACUGGCAUUAAUUGUUAAUUAUCACGAUUAGGC